AUGGCAAUAGAUGAUAGUGGCACUACCGCCACCACAACAAGCAUUAUAAGUAAUAAUAAAAAAGAUUCUUAUAAAAAUGGUGAUGAUGAUGAUGAUAAUGAAAGAAAUGAAAUUUUAUUUUUUAAAGUAUUUAAAAAUAAAUUCUUACGUUCAUUAAUUCUACUUCAUGUUCAUUUAACUGAAUGGGUAGAAUAUGAUAAUCAUAAUUCAAUUUAUGCACGUAAUAAAAUUAAAUUUAAACAUAUUUCAUCAUUAGGAUGGAUGGUAGAACGAAAUCAAUUUCAAUUAUUAAAAUUAAAAUUAGAAUCAAAUGAAUUACUUAGAAUAAAUAAAAAAUUUGUAAAAUCAUUAAUAAAAUCAUGUACAACAAUUAAAAAUAAUAAUAAAAAUAAUAAUAAUAAUAAUAAUAAUAAUAAUAAUAAUAAUAAUAAUAAUAAUAAUAAUAAUAAUAAUAAUAAUAAUAAUAAUAAUAAUAAUAAAAAUAAUAAUAAUAAUAAUAAUAGUAGUGAUAAUAAUAAUAAUAAUGAUAAUGAAAAAAAACAAAAUCAAUUAUUAGAAUUAAAGAUAACAAUUGUAAAAUUAUUAUUAGAUAAAAAAGGAAAAGAAUUUGAUAUAUGUGAUUUAACAAAGUAUGCAAUUAAAUAUAAUUGUAAAGAAUUAUUUAAUGUAUUUAUAAAUGAACCAUAUUCGAUGAUAGUUUAUCCAACAACAAUUAAGUGUGCAUUACAAAAUUGUGAUUUAGAAACUGUUCAACUUGUAAUAGAAACACAAAUUAAACAAUAUGGAGAAGUUUUCAUACCAAAAGAUGUUGAAUUAAAUUCAUUAGUUUAUACACUAGAAAAUGAUUCAUACAAGGAUGAAUUAAUUCCAUACCUUUUAAAAAAUAAACAUAUUUUUAAAAUUGAAAAAGAGAAUCAAAUAAUCCAUACCAAAAUGAGUAAAAUGAAUAAAAAACUAAAAGAAUGGGAAGAUUAUAAGGAAGAAGAAGAAGAAGAUGAUGAUGAUGAUGAAGAUGAUGAAGAUGAUGAAGAAGAAGAAGAAAGAAAAAGAAAAGAAAAAGAAAAAGAAUGCAAUGAGGAACUAUCUGACGAAAAAAAACGUCAAAAAAUAAAAAAAGAUUUUAUUGCCCGUCUAUUUGAAUGUGAUAAAAAAGAUCGAGCUUUGUUUGAAAAUCAUUUUCAAGAUACUAAUAAUGAUGAAGAUGAAGAAGAAGAAGGAAAAGAAGGAAAAGAAGAAGAAAUUGUUAAACAACAAAUUGAUAUAGAAUCAUUUAAAUCAUUAAAAUCAAUUGAAUUAAAGAAUCAAUUAUUAGAAUUAGAUAUUCAUGAAAGAUUUUAUUCAUUUUCUCCAAAUUUAUAUUUUAAUAUCUUCAAAUCAUUUGAUGAAACUGUAUUGGAUUUUAAAGAAUUUUAUAAAUUUAAUGUACCAACACAUAUAAAUAAAAAUAUCAAUCGAAUCAUCAAAAAUAAGAAAGGUUUGGGGGAAGAUGAAAAAUUAAAACAUUUAUAUAGAUUAAUAACAUCAAUAACAGGUGAUAAAUCACUUAAAAAACAAUAUAUAAUAAAGUAUAAAGAAUCUUUAACCGAUAGUAUUUUAUCAUUUGGUUCAUAUAAUCAAAUUCCAGUUAGACACUUUACAAAUGGUAGUUUAGAACCAAUUAAACAAGAAUUUUUACCAUUUUUUAAUUGUUUUGAAGUACAUCAAAAUAAUAAUAAUAAUAAUAAUAAUAAUAAUAAUAAUAAUAAUAUUAAUAAUAAUAAUAAUAAUAAUAAUAAUGGUAAUAAUAAAAUGAAUUACAGAAAAAUGAAAAAUAAUAUUAAUUUAGAUCUUGAUAUUAGUGAUGAUGAUGAUAUUAAUGAGGAAGAAAGACGACAAACAAAAGAUAAUAACAAUUUAGAUGGUGACAUUUAUUUCAGAUUUAGAAUUAAAGAUUUUUCAACAAUUGAUUGGAUUGCAAACACCCAAAAAAAUAUAAUUUGGCAAAUAGCAAAAAAGUUUGCAAAUAUCUUUAUAUUUGAUUCAUUGGAGCUUUUAAAAUAUGCAUUUCAAAAGGGUAUAAUGGAUCUUGGUAUUGAUAAAUUGUUACUUAAUAAUUUCAUUAAAGCAAUUCAAGAAAAUGAUAUAGAUACUUUAAGAUUUAUAAAUAGUCUUGAUGUAUAUUUACCAUUUUCACCACCAAAUAGUAAUUUUAAAUUUAUUUUAAAUAAUAAUAGUAAAAGUGGUUAUAGUAUCAAUGGUUUGGUGAAUUAUUUAAAUGAUACUGAAUUUAAAAAUUUUUCAGAACUUACUUUAAAAGCUUUUUUGAAAGAGUUGUCAAUCUAUUGUUAUGAUAAUAAAAAUAAUAAUGGUAAUAAUAUUAAAAUCGAUUUAAAGGCUAUUAAACGCCCACUAAAUGAAUUUGCAGCUCGUACUAUUGUUAAUGAAAUAAUAAUAUUCAAGAAUUUUAAACUUUUAGAAUUUUGGGCCAAUUGUAUUGAUAAUAGUGAUGGCGAAUUCUAUAAUUUCAUCUUACCACAUGAAUUUAGAAUUAGUUUUAAUGUAUGUAGACAUUACUUGUUUAAUACAGUUUGGGAUAUUUAUCAUUUCAAGAUUGAACGUUAUGGUUACUCUCUUGAAGAAUUAAUGAAUUUAAUUGAAUUGAUAAUAAUUAAAUCACGUCCUAAAAUUGAUACUAUUAAAAAUGAUAAAAAUUAUUUUUAUUUUUCAAAUGAAAAAGAAAAAGAAAAAGAAAAAAAAGAAGAAACAAAUAAAUUUUAUUAUAAUUUGUUGAAUUAUUUAUUCAAGAAAUUCAUUCAAAUUAAGGGCGUAACAAAAGAACAACUCUUUAGAAUUUAUAAUUUAUUUAAAGAUAAUUCAAUUACAAUUCAACAUGAACUAUAUCACUCAUUUUAUUAUCUACAUAUUAGAGAUAUUAAAUUAACAUUGUUCAUCUUAACAACACCAUUCAUCACUGAUAUAUUAGAUAAUAAUUUUUAUAAACAUUAUGAUUCUUCAGCUCAAUUCACUGAUUUGGAUUCAUAUAAUAUUAGUUAUUAUUUAAAACCUGAUAUAUUCUCAUUCGAUUUUAUAUUUGGUUGUACUACUACUACUAGUAGUAGUGAUAGUAGUAGUAGUAGUAGCAGUACUGAUAAUAAUAAUUUUAAAUUUAAAAAUUCAUUUGAUGAAAUAUUUUUAAAAUUAGUUGAAGAAUUAUCAGAUAAAUCAAUAGAGAAAAUGUAUUUAACGUUUUCUGAUGCAUUUACUGCAAGUGUAAAUUCAAAUUUAAUUUAUUGUUUAAAUAUUAAAAGAGUUGAUUUAUUUUUCAAAUUAUUAGAACCAAUUAAAAAUAAAUUAAAUCAAUAUAAUAAUUAUGAUGAUGAUAAAAAUAAAUUAAAUCAAUAUAAUAGUGAUGACAGUUUACAAAGAAUGGAUUCAUUGUUUCCACAUAUUGAUUCAAUUUUUAAUUCACCAUCAACAACUCUAUUAUCAACAAGUUUAUUAACUUUUAAUAGAGAUUCAAAAUCAAUUCAAACAAAAUUUAUUACAAAACCUUAUCCACCAAAAUCAAUGAUAAAUGAAUUAGAAAAAGGUGAAGAAGAAGGUGAAGAGGGUGAAGAAAAAGAAGAAAAUGAUAAUUCAUCAAUUAUUAAAUUUCCAAAAUUAGUUAAUUCAUUUAAAUUUUCAGAUGAAGUAUUGGAAUUAUUUUGUUUAAUUGCAGAUCAAGAAUCAUUACAAAGAUUAAUUGAAUUUAAUUUUUAUCAAAAGGAAUUUCAAUAUGAUUUAUAUUGUGCAUCGAUAUCUUGUGGUAGAUAUUCAAUGGUUUCAUUCAUGUUAAAUAAUUUCAAUGUUAAAUUAUUUUCAUUGAAUUGUUUAUCAUUGGACUCCGAUUAUAGUAGUUAUAAAGAGAUUGAUUACUUAUUAAGUAAUCAUUUCCAAAGAUUUAAAGAUUUAAAAAAGUUACAAAAAGUUGAUGAAAUCUCAUUCAAAUCUAAACAAUUCAAAUAUGAAUUUUUAGAUCACCUCACCGAUUUCCUUCAAGAUUAUGAAUAUAGAAAUUUAUUUUAUCAACAUUUCAUUCAAAUUGAAAAAAGAGAUAAUGCAUUAUCAUUAAUUUUUAAAAUUUUAAAAGAUAUUAAAAUUAAAAAUAUACCAUUCCAUGAAAUAUCUAUCUCAUCACCAAAAACUUCUGAAAAAGAUGAAGAACAAGAAGAAGAAGAAGAAGAGCAAGAAGAAGAAGAAGAACAAGAAGAAGAAGAAGAAGAAGAGGAAGAAUGGGAAGGAGAAGACGAAGAAGAUGAAGAUGAUGAUGAAGACGAUGAUGAUGAUGAAGAUGAAGAUGAUGAAGAUGAAGAUGAAGAUGAUGACGAAGAAGAAUAUGCAAAAGAAGAAUAUAAUAGUAGUGAUAUAAAAAUUAUUGAAAAAGAAAAUCUUUUAAAAAUUUAUCAAGAUCAAUCAUUUCAAAAAUCUUUAAAAAGUUUAUUUUUUAAUAAUUUAUUUUCUCCAGUUAAUAUUGAUAAUAAUAGUAAUAAUAAUAAUAAUAAUGAUGAUGAUGAGGGUGAUGAUGAUGUAUUUAAUCAACAUUUUAUUGAUGGUAAUGUUCAAGUUUGUGAUUUAUUAUUAAAUCAUUAUCCAAUUGAUACAUUUAAAAUUAAUGGUUUUAUAAUUAAAAAAGCAAUUGAAAAUAAUAAUAUUCAUAUAAUUAAAUAUUAUUAUUGUAAUCCAACAAUUAAAUUAUCUAUAAAUAUAAAUCAAUCAUUAGAAUUAAUACAAAUCAUAAAAUCUAAUUUAAGUAAUCAUAAAAUUUAUAAAUAUCCUUUAUUUUGGUUAAAAUAG